CUCAUUUACUUUCCCCCGAGAUAAUCCACCCUGAGCUUGAACCUCCCUCGCGCGAGGGCCGUUCGUGACCUUUUACCCAGUGGCUGUCCAGUGGCUGGUCCGCUUUUGCGGAGAAAAGCGUGGGGGUGACAUCGGCAACCGUGAUGCAACAUUCUCCCUAUCGAGCCAGCCCACUCGUCCAAGGGAUGCGUUACAGUGACUUGAUAAGACGUGGGUUCCGCGGCGAAGCUUGGCCGUCUUCGGUUGGCUUUGACAGGAGGGGAAAGUGAACGGCACGCCUUGAUAUUCUUUGGGUGUAUUCUUGUCGUAUUUCUCUCCAUCCCCGCCUCAUCGUGCUUCUCCUCCUUCCCCUUUCCCUACCGUCUUGCUCUACGCUGCCAAGAUGGACUCGGGGCACAAACAUCAAUCGUCGCUGGACGACGCAACCAAGUCGGGGGCUCGAGGAUCAAUUGAGGAGCCCAACAAGUUGCAAGGUUACCCUUCAGCUCCUGGCGUAGUCGACGAUGUCACUCGGGUGGUUGAUCAUAAGGCUGAGCGACGUCUAUGCCGGCGAUUUGAUAUUCGCUUGUUACCUAUUUUGGCGAUUAUGUAUCUGUUCAAUGCCCUCGACAAGGGCAACCUGGGUAAUGCGAAGACGGAUCAUAUGACGGACGAUCUCCAUUUCAAGCCAAAUCAGUACAAUCUGCUGCUAUCAAUCUUCUUCGUACCCUUUGUGAUCUUCGCACCGCCCUUUUCCAUGCUAGGCAAAAAAUUCAGCCCGGCUCGGGUCCUGCCCGUCCUGAUGUUCUCCUUUGGCAGCUUCACCCUGCUCUCGGCCGCUGCCAAGAACUUCAGUGGCCUUUUCGCCUUGCGCUGGUUCCUGGGCAUGUCCGAAGCCGCAUUCUUCCCUCUGGUCAUCUACUAUCUGACCACGUUCUACCGCCGAGGCGAGCUGGCUCGUCGACUGGCCAUUUUCUACGCGGCGUCUAACAUUGCCAAUGCCUUUUCCGGACUGAUCGCAUUUGGCGUGUUCCAAAUCAAGGGAUCUAGUCUGCCUAAUUGGCGCUACUUAUUCAUCAUCGAGGGGGGCGUGACGGUCAUCUUUGCCGUAUUUGCCUUCUUCUACCUGCCCAAGAGUGCCGCCGAGGCCAAGUUCUUGUCGGAAGAGGAGAAAGCCUUGGCCUUUCACCGGAUCCAAGUCGAUUCGAGCGCAGUGGUGAAUGAAAAGUUCCGGUUCCGCGAGGCAAUUGGUAUCUUCAAGCACCCAACGACAUACGUCUUCCUCUGCAUUGAAAUCUGCCUGGGUGUGCCCUUGCAGGGUGUCGCCCUCUUCAUGCCGCAAAUCGUGGCUCGUCUGGGCUAUCCGACCGUCAAGACCAAUCUAUACACGGUAGCCCCGAACGUCACCGGAGCCGUGAUGCUGUUGGUUCUUGCCUUCUGCUCGGACUAUACCCGACUUCGAUCGCCCUUUAUCGUGCUCGGCUUCUUAUUCACUUUCACCGGGUUCAUGAUCUACGCCUCCAUCAAUGAUGUCCACCAGCAGAUCCAGGUCGCCUACUUUGCAACCUUUAUGAUGACGUGGGGCACGUCGGCUCCCUCGGUGAUGCUAAGUACCUGGUACAACAACAACAUCGCCCACGAGGGCCGCCGUGUGCUUCUGACGAGUAUCGGCGUCCCACUUGCCAACCUGAUGGGGCUGGUCAGCAGCAACGUAUUCCUCGAAAAGGAUGCACCCAAGUAUAUGCCGGCACUGAUUACGGUGGCCGCCUUUGGAGCCACGGGUGCUUGUCUCGCCGGACUGUUGGGUCUGUAUAUGUGGUGGGAUAAUAAGCGCCGCGAUCGUCGUGAUGGACGGACGAUUCGAGCGCGGGAUAUUCCCACGGAGCGUAUGCGAGAUGGUCCGGCGUCACCCGAGUUCCGCUGGUUCCUGUGAGUUGUAGGAGGUGAUAGAAUCUCGUGCUGUGUGAGUAUGUGACUAUGUGACUAUGUCAAGAAAUGAAACGAAUAAAAUAUCUUAUUCUUCUGGAAUUGAGAACAUACGGCAUAUUUAGUAAUCCAAGGUCGAUCCUGUACAAGCUCUCCGCAUC